AUGCUAAUCCCCAACUCGUCCUUCGAGGUCCUCCAGGACACCAAGCCGGACAAUGUCUCCCUCCCGGCCUUCAUGGUGUCGGCGACGCGGGGCUUCCUGCCGCGCAUGAACCCCAUCGUCACCCUUCCACCAGAGUUCGAUGCUGUCGAGACGCUCCUACAGGCCAUGCCCGUCCAGACCCUGUCGGGCGAGCCAGGCCUCCUCGCUACAGGACAGCUGGGCGACGCCGUGCUGCAAGAGCUUCCCGACCUGACUGAACAGGUCGAGAAGUACUGCGAUGACCUGCCCAUGAUGAACGCCCUGUACCGCGACUACUCCUUUCUCGCUUCGGCCUUCCUGCUGGAGCCGUGCCAUAUGAGAUUCAUCAAGGGCGAACCGUACGGGCUUGGUAAAGCUUUCUUGCCGGCUCAGCUGUCUCGUCCCAUUGUUCGUUGUGCUGAACUAUGUGGAUUCAAGCCCUUCAUGGAGUAUGCCGGCUCAUAUGCUCUCUUCAAUUACCGUCUCCAUGAUCCCGAUGGCGGGAUGGACUACUUCAAUCUGCGCCUCAUCCGCGCCUUCGAGCACGGCCUCGAUCCUUCUUCAUCGGAGGCCGGGUUCGUGCUGGUGCACGUCGAAAUGGUCAAGAACUCAGGCGGGCUCGUAGACGGCGCCAUGGCGAGCCUGUCUGCCCUCGCCGACAACACGAAAAACAACACCAUCGCCGGGCGCGCGUCUCUCAAUGCAGGCCUGCAGACCAUCCUCGCCGCCGCGCGCCGCGUCAACGACGUCAUGGAGGGCAUGUGGACCAAGUCGAAGCCGCGGUCCUACACCAGCUUCCGCACCUUCAUCUUCGGCAUCACGUCGCAGUCCAUGUUCCCCCACGGCGUGGUAUAUGAGGACAUCAACGACGGCCAACCACUCAACUUCCGCGGAGAGAGCGGCGCCAACGACUCCAUGAUCCCGCUGCUGGACAACUUCCUGCAGAUCACGAUGCCGGACACGCCCCUUACAGAAAUCCUGCGGGAUUUCCGCGAGUACCGCCCGAGUAACCACCGGCAGUUCCUCGUCGAGGUCAAGAAGGCUUCUUUGGAGUUGGGGCUGAGAGACUUCGCGCUUGCGGUUGACGUAGACGCGAGGGCGGGUACUGUGUCCGAGGAGGAGAUGCAGCUGGUGAAGGAGUCACGACUCCUGUGGCUCGAGCUCCUGAACCAGGUGCGCGAUUUCCGAUGGCGGCACUGGUGCUUCGCGAGGGAGUAUAUCCUCAAGCAGACGUCUCACCCGACCGCCACGGGAGGCAGUCCCAUCGUCACCUGGCUGCCCAACCAGCUGCAGGCCGUCAUGGAGGAGAUGACGGAGAUUUACGAGGGCGUCGGUGGCCGGGCUGGGCCGAUGGAUCUCGGUGCUGGGUGUCGGGAUAUCAUGGAUCUUGUCGAGCGACAGAGGCUGACGCUGCGAAAGGAGGUGGACAAGUAUUGUCAGGAGCGCGGUGUUGGAUCUGAUUGA